UCCUGGUGGGGCACUGGGAGGGCUGGAGACGUGCUUUGCAUUGGCAGGCGGCUGAGGACACGUGUCUCGUCCCUGCCUCCCCCUAUCCGGGCUCAACGGUACCGCAUUGGCAUCAGUAGAGGCACCUGAACUCCUGGGGAAAGCUGCUUGCCACCUUAUAGCUACCCCCUAAAAUAAAGAACCCACAGCACAGUCCCCGCAGCAACCUGUGGCUUGACUUUUUUUUUUUUCUUUUUCUUUUUCCUUUUUUUUUUCUGGUCGUGCGUAAAGCUUUUGCGCACAGCGCCUCGGAGACUGAAAAGGUGCGCUUACACUGGUCGAGCGUCAGAUCGCAGCGCCAGGAUGCAGAAGCGGAGCAGCGACGUCUGAAGGUGACAUGAACCUGGGGAUAGUCCAGAGCAUCAGCCGCACACGCAACAAGAAGUGGAGAUAGCAACUGAAAACCGUCGUGUCUUGAAGCCAAACUUGCGAUUUUCCUUUUGGUUUCAUCUCAUGCUGAGAUUAAAGAGCUGCAGAACACAGUAGCCUCAUUUUUCAUUGAGUGACGGGGGAAAGGAAGAAAAAGCAUCUAAUUAGUCAGUGGACAGUUUAGAGUCAACAGAGGAGGAAAAAUGGCGACGUUAAUAAGAGGCAAGAUCUCUAAUAAACUGUCAAACGCAGCCACGGCUGUGUCCAACAAAUCCACGGCAAAGGUGAGCGGCAUGUUCGCCAGGAUGGGCUUCCAGGCCGCCACGGACGAGGAGGGUCUGGGCUUUGCCUCCUGCGACGACCUGGAUUACGACCACCGUCAGGGCAUGCAGAUGGACAUUCUGUCCUCCGACGAGAUCGGAGGAGAGGGUGGCGGAGACGGCGGCGGGCUGGAGGGGGACAGCCACUACCAGAGAGACGGCACCGGUCCGCCGCUCUCUGCCUCCAAGGACGGGAGCUCGAACAACGAGUUGUCCGAAGUUAAACCAAAAAUCACCGCCUGGGAAGCGGGCUGGAACGUCACGAACGCAAUCCAGGGGAUGUUCGUUCUGGGCUUGCCCUACGCCAUCCUGCAUGGAGGAUACCUCGGACUCUUUCUCAUUAUUUUCGCCGCCGUGGUGUGCUGCUACACGGGGAAAAUCCUCAUCGCCUGCCUGUACGAGGAGGACGAAGACGGGCAGCUCGUCCGUGUGAGGGACUCCUAUGUGGACAUUGCCAACGCCUGCUGCGCGCCCAGGUUCCCAACUCUGGGUGGUCACGUCGUGAAUGUAGCUCAGAUCAUAGAGCUGGUGAUGACCUGUAUUCUGUACGUGGUCGUCAGCGGGAAUCUCAUGUACAACAGCUUCCCCAACAUGCCCAUCUCCCAGAAGUCUUGGGCCAUCAUCGCCACCGCCGCUCUGCUCCCCUGCGCCUUCCUCAAGAACCUGAAAGCCGUCUCCAAGUUCAGCUUGUUGUGCACGCUGGCGCAUUUCAUCAUCAACGUCCUGGUGAUCGCCUACUGCCUGUCCAGGGCGAGGGACUGGGCCUGGGACAAGGUCAAGUUUUACAUCGAUGUCAAGAAGUUCCCCAUCUCCAUUGGGAUUAUCGUGUUCAGCUACACCUCGCAGAUCUUCCUGCCGUCCCUGGAGGGGAACAUGCAGAAACCCAGCGAGUUCCACUGCAUGAUGAAAUGGACUCACAUCGCUGCCUGUAUCCUCAAGGGCCUGUUCGCCCUGGUGGCCUACCUGACCUGGGCAGACGAAACCAAGGAGGUGAUCACAGACAACCUGCCACCAACUAUCCGAGCCGUGGUCAACCUCUUCCUGGUGGCCAAAGCUUUGCUGUCCUACCCGCUGCCCUUUUUCGCCGCCGUGGAGGUGUUGGAGAAAUCCUUCUUCCAGGACGGGGGCCGCGCCUUCUUUCCGGACUGCUACGGAGGCGAUGGGCGCCUAAAGUCCUGGGGACUGACUCUCCGAUGCAUACUAGUGGUGUUCACCUUGCUUAUGGCGAUCUAUGUGCCGCACUUCGCCCUGCUCAUGGGCCUCACCGGCAGCCUGACGGGCGCCGGGCUCUGCUUUCUGCUUCCCAGCAUCUUCCACCUCAAGCUCUUAUGGAGAAAGCUUCAGUGGCACCAGGUGUUCUUUGACGUGUCCAUCUUUGUAAUAGGCGGUAUAUGCAGCAUAUCUGGUUUCAUCCACUCCAUGGAGGGGCUCAUAGAGGCUUUCAAAUAUAACAUAGAAGAAUAGAGACGAAUCACUGGAGUACCGAUGCAUCUCAAUAAAUUAGAAUAGAAUCAUAAAGCAAAUUUAUUUGACUAAUUCAGUUUAUUUUCUAGUAAUUUUGCCUAUAUGAAAUGAAAACCCCAAAUUCAGUUACUUUAAGAAAGAAAAUAUUCUAUAGACCAAUAAAAAGAUCAAUUUUGAUACAAAUAUGUGAUAUUAUUACCAUAGCAGUUUUCAAGUCAAAACUGUUCAUCAGUCACUGGCACCCUGAGCAAAAAGAGCAACCCAGAAAAAGUUCAUCACUAAAACGCUGGUUGAAGGUUGAAAGUUAAGUGGAAGGAAAAAUUGUGAAAAAAAAAAAAAAAAGAAUUAGAGAAAAUACCCAGUUGCUUGAGCACUUUAAAUGGUCGUCUGAAUGAGUCAGAAUCUAGGUCCACAUAUGUCAACAAGGAUGGUGAAGCAAAACCAUGUUAACGUUUGCCUGGCGUGGAAACGUCAGAGCUUAAAAGUCAGAGAGGCACCACACAGAACGAUCCAGAUCGCAGCUGGAGUCAAUGUCAGAAUUGUCUUGAUUAAGGUAAGAAUAAAAGCAACUGGUUUAAAUGAUUCAAAGUUCUCUUGCUAGAAAUGAAAGUUAAUUUCAAUUUAAUUUAGAAAUCAAUCCAAACCCAAGAUUGUGGAAGACUAGUUUACAAUCCGAGUUGUUUGAAGUCCAGAGGAAAAUUUUUCACAUCCAGUGAAGAUUCUUGUCAUCUGCUCGUGUUGUGUUUUAUGAAGUCCAGAAUCAGACCUUCUACCAGGAAAAACUUAGAUAAUCUCAUGCUUCACUUUAUUGACCAUUGCGUCACUAUGCUUGACUGGCCUGCAAACGCUCCUGAGCUAAACGGCUUUGAGAAUAUUUGUGGUUUAAAAUCCUUUUUACAUCUGGUCCUAUAUAAUGUUCUAACUUUCUCAGAAACUGAAUGUGAGGUUUUCAUUUACUGUAAACCUUACAGUCGCAAUAGACGCUUGAAACAGCGACGUCUCACCGCCUGUAACGACUCUAUGAAAUAUGCUUCACUUUUAUUUUGCUGAACUAAAUUGGUUUUCCGGUUAUAUUUUAGUUUGCUGAGAUGAACCUGUACUCGUUAACUGCUAAUUCCCAUUUAGUGAAAACAUUAAAAACACACAAACACUAAGCGGCGUGCGCUCCUUCCCCUCUGCUUGAUUCAUGCGUAAAAGCGCGCACUGAGCACACACACACAUUUGCGCACUAUCUCUCAUGUAUUUUACACACACAAGUCUAACAGCAGCGAUGGAGUCUAACGCGUCCGCGCAGUCGAUACGUGUUAUAGGCCUACAUAUGCGAACAAAAGAAACACAAACAUAUUUUCCAGUGGAGUGAAAGUUUACAUUGACCUUAAGAAAAGUUGCAAAAAGAGGGCAGACGCUCGUGUCGCUCUUGCGGUGCUUCUUCCCCAGAUCGCAAUGAUCGAGUUUGAGAGGAAAGAAAGGAAGAAAAGUGAUGAUUAAAUUUAGUUUAAACUUCAGCGUGACUGCAGGGACUGACUGUGGCGUUAAAGCCAAAAACAAACCCGAAAAGCACAUACAUAUGUGCAACAAUCCGAUUUUUCUUAAUCUGCAUCAAAGACGAAGAACGUUUUUGCUUUUUAAUAAAAAAAAUAAUCUGGAUAUCCCGGAUAAUAAAAGUUGGCGGUGUUAAAACAUCAGAAGAGAGCAACUGUACAAACUAUGCAUUGAAUGUAUGAUACAGGCUGCAGAAAAUGGAACGAAGAUACAAAAAAUGUGAAGUGUUCUGGUUCAGUGGCGUGGACGUGUUGAUGCUUUGACAGGCCUUUUCCCCUCCACAAGACUCCUCUUUUUUUGUUGUUGUUUCUGAGCUUAUCAACACGCAAUAACAAAGUCCCAUCUCAACUUCUUCCCCCCCCCCGACCUCUCCAUCCAGCCCCGUUUCCUCUCAGCGUGGGAGCUCCGAACUGAAACUGCACACCGGAUUUAAAAAUAACGCAUCUAGAUCCACACAUGGCCCUGUUUUAUGAAAAUUAAUUUGAUACGCUCCAGUUUUAAAAAUUUCGAUGUCUAAAAAUAUGGGGAAGAAAUGAAAACCAUAAUUAAUACAAGUGAGAUUAUCAAAGAGGAAAAUGUGCAUACAUUUUUCAUUCUGUGCAAUCCAAUGGGUCCUGUGGAAAUGUUAUUAAAAAAACCCGUAUGUGUAGUGUGUUAUUGUGGUUUCAAAAAGAUGGAAUGUAUAUCUCAAAAGUGGUGAUCAUAUAUUGUGAAAUUAAUAUUAAAGAAUAAAGAAAUAAGUGAAAUUAUAUUGUAAAAAAUGUGUGUGGUUUUAUGUAAAAGAACGAUCAGAACAUGUAUUUUUUUUCUCUAUAAUAAAACAGAAAAUGAU